AUGGCCUUCCUGCACGCGCACUCGGGUAAGUGUAUGAAGUCGGAACUGGAUUUGUUUUCUCCACCACCAACGCAGACGUCUAUUGAGGCUGGUCAAUGGGUACACUACAAGCCCGUAUCAUCUCUAACCGACGAUUCCCCGAUUGAAUUUGUUGUACCUGGAAACAGUGAUGAGUACAUCGAUUUGGCACACACUAUGCUUAGCGUACGAGUGAAGCUACAACCGUCUGCUCCUACCCCACCGGAAGGCGAAGGCAACGCGGCUACUCCGCAUGCCGCUCCGGUAAACAAUCUGCUUCACUCGAUGUUCAAUCAAGUCGAUGUAUUAUUCAAUCAAAAACUAGUCUCACCAGCCAACAACUCUUACGCCUAUCGAGCAUAUAUAGAGACUGUACUGAAUUACGCACCGCCCGCCAAAAAAUCCCAUCUUUCUUCGGCUCCAUGGUACGACAGCGAGGAUGGAGUAUCGGAUGUAUACGACGUCGACGCCGUCAGUGCUGACCGAGGUUUCAUCGAACGCAAACGGAUCAUGAGCAAUGCACGUACCGUUGAUCUGAUUGGACAUCUGCACUGUAACGUAUUUAAUCAAGACAAAUUUUUAAUCAACGGUGUGGAACUGCGUCUUCGACUUGUAGGAUCAAGAGACAGUUUUUGCAUCAUGGAAGCCGAAAAUCGCCACAAGCUGCACAUACUGGAAACUUCACUGCUCGUUCGCCGAAUGAAGAUCAGCCCUGGAAUCUUGCUGGCGCACGCACGGACGCUAGCCAAAGGUACGGCAAAAUAUCCCGUAACCAGAGUCGAGGUGAAGUCUUUCACCAUACACGCAGGAGUACAGGCAAAAACACUAGACAGUGUCAUACUCGGACAAUUACCGAAACGAGUGAUGAUCGGUUUUGUCAGCAAUAAAGCCUUCAACGGCGACAGACAGCGCAAUCCGUUCAAUUUUCAAAACUAG